AAUGAUCCACCGGAAAAUGAAACUCAUUACCGUUCAGUUUUGAAUGACAUUGGUCCUAAAGACUCUAUAAAUUGUAAUAUAGAGCCAUUUCUUGCAUUUCUACCUCCUCCAAAGCCAUUCAAUGUUUGGUUUGACAAGCUUGAAAACUUGAUCAAAACUAAUAAGUCGGCACUUAUUGGUGAGGUUGGUUUAGAUAAAUCAGCACGCUUGACUGAUCCAAAAACAAAAUCUCUCAGCAAAGUUCAAACAACAAUUCAACAUCAAAUAGCAAUUUUAGAGAAACAAUUAGAUUUAGCAGCAAAGUAUAAUCGAGCAGUGACUGUUCCAGAAGAUAGGUUGUUGAUUGAAUCCGAUUUUCAUUCUCCUGAAGGGUUAGAUCAUUUAAUGGAAAGAAUAGUCUUACUUGUUAGCGAGGCUAAAGG